UCAAAUUAAAUUCUAAAAAAAGUAAAGAUUCAAAAAUAUUUAUCUCGAUAAUUAUUUUCUUAUAUUUUAUAUUUAAAGUAUAAACUUCUGUAAGUUAUAGAAUUUUAAAUUCGAUAAAGAAUAAUUGCUAAAUAAAAUAUUCUAAUUUUAAAAAUCAAUAAAUAUGUAAUUUAUGUGAUUUAAUCUAAAUUGUUUUAUUAAUAAAUAUAUGACUGUUAUAUAUAUAUAUGUACAUGUAUAAAAAAAAUAACCCACAAAUAUCUAAAAUAAGAAAAAUAAAACGAAUAUAUAUAUUACAUGAACAUGUUUAGUAAUAAAAAGAAUAAUUUACCACCGAGACCUCAUAUUCCAAAAUCUGAACAUAUGUUAGAAGAUCUUAAUAAUUCUUCUAUAGAUGACAUAGCAUUUAAAAUAGUUCAUAAAGAUGAAAUUUCUGGAGAAAAUUUAAUGAACGCAAAUACUUCUGAUACAUAUCAGAAAGUGAAAAUGUAUUUACAUAUAAAACAACAGUUACGAUAUUUGGAAACUACUCUUGAAGACAAAGAACAACAACUUAAAACUGAUAAUGAGGAAAUAAAAAGACUUGCAGAUAAUAUUAAAAAACAAGCACAAGCUGCAUUAAUAACAUAAGUUUUUAUAUUUGCAAUAUAAAAUAUCGAAAUUAUUUGGUUAAUUUUUUUA